AUGAUCUUGCAGAGGACACUUCCUCCAAAGGUAGAAGACCUAGGAAGUUUUACUAUUCCCUGCAACAUUGGAAACCUCAAAAUUGGGAAAGCCUUAAUUGAUUUGGGAUCCAAUAUCAAUUUAAUGCCCUUAACUGUUCUCAAAAAGAUUGGUGACUUGGAAGUUAAGCCGACAAGGAUGUCUCUCCUCAUGGCAUAUGGAUCCCCCAAAAGACCCUAUGGUAUGGUAGAAGAUGUCAUGGUGCGAGUCGCGAACUUGAUGUUCAUGGUGGAUUUCGUAAUAUUAGAGAUGGAGGAAAAUGCAGAAAUCCCUAUUAUUGUUGGAAGGUCGUUCAUGAAGAUGGCCAAAGUAAUCAUCAAUGUUCAUGAAGGAACCAUAGCUCUCAAGGACCAAGAAGAGGAUCUUCAAUGCCUGCAAUACCGGGCAGCAAGCCCAAGUAAAGACAACCAGUCCCAAAGCCGCAUAUAA